UUUGUUUCCAGCUUCCCUUGUUUAAUGUCUUAGGUGUGUGAUUCAUGCAUACUGUUGUGUGUAGCAGCAGCCUGCUCAUUGAGCUGUAGCAUUCUACUGCAUGAAUAUAUGACAAUAUAUUUAUCUAUUCAACCGUUGAUGGAUGCUUGGGUUGUAUCCAGUUUGGAGCUAUCCAAAGCAGCUAUGAACAUUCUUGUGGAUAUAUUUGGUCCACACGUGCAUGUUUUUCUGUUGGGUCAAGUGUAUGCAUAUGUUCAACUUUAGGAAAUAAUGCCCGUUUUUCAAGCACUUAUACUAAUCUACACUUUGACCAGCUAUAUAUGAGUUCUGGAUGCUCACCAACACACAACUUUGUCAGUCUGUGCUGGAUAACAAACCAUCCCCAAAGCUGAAACAGGAAUCAUUGUUUGUCACAAUUCUGUGGGUUCACAAUUCAUCCGGGCAGUUCCACUUGCUGUUGUAGGCUGGGGUCAUUCGUUUGGUUGCAUUUACCUGAGAGCUCAGCUGGAACUGGAAUACCCGAGAUGGCUUCAUUCACACAUCUGGUGCUCUGACUGGGGUGGCUGAAAUAGUUGGGGGCUGGUUCAACCUCUGUCUUUCCAUGUGGUCUCACCUCACUCAGUAAUCUAGCCCGAGCUUAUUUACCCGGCAGCUAGAUCUCAAGAGUGCAGGAAGAGAAACUGCAAGUCUCAAAGCCCAGGACCAGAAGUCAUAUAUCAUCACUUCCAUAACGUCCUAUUGGUUAUAACAAGGCAGUGCUAGUACAGAUUUGUGGGGAGGAAGGGCAAUAAGACCCCACUUCUUGAUGGGAGAACUGGAUGGGAGCAAUCAUUCCUGGCCAUAUGUACAGACAGUAUACCACGUUGCUUCCUCUGGUCACAAAAAUUCACAUGCCUUUCACAAGCAGAAUGCAUUUACCCCAUCCCAAGACACCCAAGGUCUCAUCCAAUUAUGGUAUCAGUCUAGAAGUCCAGUCUCUCGUGAUCUGCAUCAGGCCCAAUUGCAAGUGAGGCUCCUUGUCUGUCGCUGCUCUUGAACUGGAGACCUGUGAGUUUAGCUGUCUCCCAGACACCUAGAUUACACUAGUGAAACACAAAAAGGGUAACCACAGCAGUCUUUCCUAUUCACAAAGGCAGGAAACAAGUCACAUGGCAGUUUCUGGUCCACAGCAAUUCUGAAAUUCAGCCAGACCAGUUGUCCUGAUGAUUCCUUGAUUAUGGUCCAGGUCUACUCCCUGGGAGUAAUCUCCUGAUCCAUUGAUCUCAGCUUCUCUUGGCUCUGCACUACUGACUCUUCGCUCUGUCCUCGGCGUCACCCAUCUUUCUCAAUAAGAAAUUAUCUGUGGUUGCAGUUGCAAAGCUUUCUCAGCCUGCUUCUUACCUGUAGAAAGUUGGAGGCUCAGAGACUAUUUCAGGCCUUCUCAGUCCCUUUUAUUUCAAGCUGGUCAUGCUUUCACCAGAACAAUCUUCUUGACAAUUUUGUGGGUUUUCUGUGUAUCUUAUUAUAAUCCAUUCUCUUCAACAAAGGCUGCAUCCACAAAUCCCUUUGAGAUAGGCCCCUGGCUGCCUUGGGAUAUGAAUCAGGGUGCUGUGGGACAAAGUCUCUAAGACUCUUAGGAACUCUUUUAUUUUCUAAAUGAGAGGGUCUAUGAGACACACCACCUUAAACCUUUCAAAGACCUUAUCAAGGAGGUCUUUGAAAUGAAGCCAUUUAUUACUUUGAGACUUUUUGCUGGCUGGAGAUACUGUACUAGAUGUUCUUUAUUUCUGUUAGAUUCUGCUAAAAAACUAGAUUUUCAGGUCAGUUCAUGUCUCUCUUAUUGUAUCAUAUUCAGCUAAGAAGCCAGUCAGAACGUUCUGUAUCCUGCUUGGAAUCUCUUUAGCCAGGUCUGCACAUUCCUUGGUAGAUUUCCUAUUGUCCACAUUAAAGCAGGCAACAGUGUUACUAAACAUUCCACUGCUACAUAACACAGGUGAUCCUUUUUCUAGCCUUUCUUAGCAACUUCACUGUUCUUCUAGGCUCCACUGACAGUCUCCUCACCACCCUUCCAAUUUCCACUUGCUGCUCUUUUUCGACAUCAUUGCCAUAUGCUUUAAGUUAUGUUAGGGCAAUACUCUACUUCCAGGUAUGAAUUUUUUCUAUCAGUUUUUAUUGCUGAAUGACAAAAUGCUCCAAAUUCUAGUGGCUUAAAACAAUCUUUUACUGUUAUGAUUCUGAGGAUCAGCUGGGCCUAACGGAAUGCAGGGGUUCUACUCCAUGUGUUGCUGACUAGAAUCUUCCAUUCCUACUAUUCUGCAGUGCCACUAGUGUCAUAAAUCUAGUGAGAUAUAUUUGCGAGUCUGUUUCUGGACUCAACUGGUUUAUUUGUCUAUUCUUAUGCCAAUAUCUCAUGGUCUAUUUACACUAACUUUAUAGUAAAUAAGUCCUGAUACCAUGUAGAGUAAGUCUUAUUACUUUAUUCUUUUUAAAGUUGUCUUUGCUGUUCUUGACCCUUUGCAUUUUCAUACACAUUUCAUAAUUAGUUUGUCAAACACACACACACACACACACACGUGCACACAAACACCCCACCCCACUGCUGGGUUUUGAUUAAUAGAUUAAUUUGGUACAACUAAACAUCUAUAUAGACAUUACUGUUACUUAGAUCUUUAAAAAUUUCUCUUGAUAAAAUUUUUAGUAUUCUAUGUGGAACAUUUGUACCUCUGAUUUAAAUUGGAUUUUUUAAAGUUAUUAUAAAUGACAUACUGUUUUUUAAUAAAAAUUUGUUGUUAGUAUACAGAAAUACAGGUUUUUUAUGUUGACCUUGUGUAUAGCAACCUUCCUAAACAUGCAUUAAAUCUGACAAUUUACCUGUAAAUUCUUCAGUAUUUUCUACAUAUAAUUAUGCCACUAAUAAAUAAUGACAGUUUUUUCCUUUUCAAUGAUUAUAAUUUAAUUUUCUUGCUUUAUUACAUUGGACAGAAUUCCAGAACAAUAUUGAAUAAAGAUGGUAGUGGCAAUUAUAAGGAAAGUUUCAACAUUUUACUAUUAAGUUUAAUGUUUGCUAGUUUCUUAUAAUAUGUCCUAAUUUGGAUUAGGAAGUUUCUUCUAGUUCUAGGUUGGUAAGAUUUUUUUUGUUAUGAAUGGGAGUUGAAUCUUAUCAAAUGCACUUUUUGUAUCUACUGAGAUUUUCAUGAUUUUCUCCUUUGUUUUAUUAAUGAUGAGAAGGGCAUUGAUUUUGUAAUAUCAAAUCAAAUUUACAUUCCAACUUGCUGGUGAUAUAUUAACAUUUUUAAUACAUUGCUGGGUUUGGUGUUCUAAUAUUUUGACUAGGAUUUUUGGACCUAUGUUUAUGGUAAUAAACCUAUAAUAUUCCUCUCUUAUAAGGUUCUUGUUGGGUUUUGGUGUUAAGGUUAUGCUGACUUCAUUGAAGGACCUGGAAAUAAUUACCACUUUUUCUAUUCUCUGGAAUAAGUUUGUUAUUUCUUCCUUAAAUGUUUGGUAGAUACAAAUAUUGGUUCCAGGAGUAAGGUGCUGCCAUACCAACAUCAAUACAUUCCAAAUUAUGUGACAUUAACAUCCAGUCUGGCAGCAUGAAAUUGUUAUUGGAGACUUGGACAGUCAGCAAUCCAUGUUACCAAAAAAAAUGUAUAAAAGUAUAGUCUAGAAUAGCUUAAAAGGCAUAUUACAUACCUAAUGAGCUUGUACUUUAUACAAAGAGGUAGAAAAUGACUGUUAUUAGAAUGUGUUCAUUUCUACUGGCUGCAUUUGCCAAGGUACUACAAGAAUUAAAGGAGCUCAGAAAAUAUUUGGCUGGUUUGCAAGCAGGAAUGAAAAGGAAAUCAGAGACAACCAAAAAACUCAGGGUUUUGCAAGCUUGGAAGGUGCAACUGAUUCACAUGUUCAACUAGUUAAGAAGCAACAGAGAAGUCCUUUGAGCAAAAAAGUCUGCUUAAAACUCUGCCUAGCAGCAAAGACCAAGUCAGGAAGAGUAUGGUUGUCACACCAUUGUUAGGAUCUCUGAAUGGAAUAAGGUGGUACCCAGCAAAUACUUUCACGCUGGGAAAAUAUCUCAAAGAGGGGAGACUUAGGGUUUGGCUCUUCCUAAGGAAAGUCUGAUAGGCUCAAACUACUUGCAAUUAAAUUGAGAGAGAGAGAGAGAGACAAGUCUCUAAACAAUUGUGGCACAUAGCACUGCCUGGAAUCAAAUAACUUGAGAUAGAUAUUGAGAAAGCCAUUUUGUCAAAGGCGUUACCUACACGGUAUAAAAGAGAAUGUGAUUGUUUGAGACUAAAAAUGAUAACUGGGUUCCAGCCUUCUACAGCAGGAUCUCAGAACUGCUACGGAUUAACUCUUUUAUAUAUCGUUCUUCUCCUUUACAAAUGGGAAUAUUUAUUGUAGUUAUCCUUUUCCUGUUCUACCAUUAUAUAUAUUGUGUGUAGGAGCUGGUACCAGAUAGCUUCUCUUUUUAGUUCAGAGUUCUCGAGAUCAAGAGUAGGUAUAUCUGGGUCUGUAGAGGCUGUUAUGAAUCAUUUCUAUCUCCUGGGAUCUAAGCUCAAAAUACUGAUGAGAUCGAACUUUGGGGUUGUCUGCUUUAAGGCGUGGAUGAGCGUGUUCUGCAUGUGGGAAAGGAAGGGAACUGAUCCAAAGGGUGAACUGUGGUAGAUUGUAUUACUAUCUGCGCUCUUGUGUAAUCCUCUCCCCUGGAGUAUGGGCCAGACGUAGUGACUUGCUUUUACCUAAUAGAACAGAGCAAAAGUGAUGGGAUACCAAUUCUGAGGUUAGGUUACAAAGAGACUGUGGCUUCCCUCUUGUGUGCCCUCUCUUGCUUUUUCAUUUGCUUCCUCUGAUGGAAGCCAGCUGCCAUGUGAACUGCCCUAUGGAGAAGCCCAUCUGGCAAGGAAAGCAAAGGAUUCCUCCACCCAACAGUCCACGAACAACUGAAUCCUGGUCACAGCCACAUGAAUGAGCUUCAGAUCCUUCAGAUGGGGCUGGAGUCCUGGCCAACACAAUGAUUGCAGCCUAUGGGAGAUUUUGAAGGAGAGGUACCUGGUAUGUACUGAAUUGUGUCCCCCCACCCCUAGAUCCAUAUGUUGAAGCCCCCACCCCCGAUGUGACUACAUUUGGAGGUGGAGCCUAUAAAGAAGUAAUAAAAGUUAAAUGAGGUUAUAGGGUUGGGGGCCUUAAUCCAAUAGGACUGGUAUCCUUAUAAGAAGAAGAAGAAGAGAUACCAGAGUGCCUCCUGCACCCCACCCCGUGUGUGCUCAGAAUGAAGGCCUUGUGAGAACACAGCAGGAAGACUGCUGCCUGCACGAUAGGAAGCGAGGCCUCACCAGAAACAACAAUGCUGAUCUUGGACUUUCGGCCUCCAGAACUGUGUGGACGAAAAUAAUUUGCUGAGAUGUCAGCUGGGAAUUCUCCCAGGGAAAGCUUGGAAAUGGAGAGCUUCCACACAAGAUUCAGUGCCUGGACACCUUUUAGCAACAAGUCAUUAAAUUGACAGGAAAAUGUCAUUUCCUCUCCCUUAUCGCUCUUUCAGGAAAGAGUUGCUCUUAUAAGUCAUUGAUUUGACCUCUGGACUAACAAGCAACAUCAAGAAUUCUUAUUCACGAUUUUUUUAUGAUGCACUAAAUUACAAUUAAGGGUUGUCCAAGACUGGUUUUCAGAAAGGAUGCAAGUGGCCAAAGUGGAUUUUCUACCACGCUUCAUUUCUCUAUGUAUCUUCUCCUUUCCAAAAGAUUUGUGUGCAGCUGCACAAGUCAGCUGGCCCUGGAAAUUUUUAACUGAACAGGAUUGCUUAUGGAUGUCCAAAUGCAUGAAGUUUGGAUGGUUUCUGCCCUAUACACCAACAGAUAAUGAGUAUGGUGCUUGGAAGCACCAUUACAGCUGUGUGUCCAACCUAGAUUGGCUAACCCCUAGGGAAGCCGCAGCUCUUUAUGGGACCCUGAAUGAACCCAAAACAGAAGAUGAGCAACUACAGGAGAGGCAAAGAGAAAAGUGCCUAAGGAAAAUAAUUUGGGAGAAAAUUGCACUAUGUAAGAAGAAUUUGUUCAAAGUUCGACCCCCUUGGGUGAAUGGAACAUGCUGCUCUAGAUUGUUCGAAUCCAAAUGCCAACCACGUCUCUCCCAAACUGUGAGGGAUCGAGUGGGAUUACAGGACACUUUGGAGAAACAGCUUGUUUUUGCAUCUUUAGAAGCUUUGCCCAAGCGAAGCAAUGUUUUUGGAUGCCAUUCCUACCCUUUAUUAUCAAAGAAAAAUUGGCAUGGAGUUUAUAAAAAUGACAGCAGCUCUUCACAUGCUCUCCAGCCACACUUCAUAUUAAUAUCGUCUCGGAUUCCUGCAUAUGAGGUACAGAGCUAUAAAAUUGGUAUUAAAAAUUUACUGAGGCCUGAAGUGAGAGACUUCUGGGAGAAAUUAGGAAGCUAUGUGGCCCCUGGAGAAGAAGGGGGCCACGUGGACCUCUUUGUACGACUCGGAGCAUCAGAGGCAGGAACAGAAGUUCUUUCUCAGCUAUCUCAACUGACUGGCAUGUUAUUGACCGCCCCCACUGGGAUUGCCACCGUCUCGUACCAACACAUUCUUAGUGACUGGCUGGGACGGCAGUGGGAAAAGGCGCCCCCUUCCACCUACUUCAGCAAAUCAAAGCUGCAGACAUGGUCCAGCCUCACCGACUUCCUGGAAGACACCUUGAAAUCAGUAAGGCAACAGCUAAGUCCUCUCUUCAAGGAGUUGCAGAAGAACGUAAGUGGCAGGAUGACAGGGCAAUUUGUAUCUGACACCAUGAGUAUGGCUAACAUUCUGAAUACGGAAAUUAUACAAGCUCUGGCAGAGGGAUUGAUUGAACUUUCAAAAGAAAAUUCUGAAAGAAAUGUUAUAGAAGAUAAUCCUCAGGACACAAAAUCAAGUCUCGGCAAAAACGGUCCAAAUUUUGAGUUGCUGCUUGAGUGGUUUCUAGAUGACUUGAGAGACAGACUACAGGAAUGGGGCCCAGCUCACUGCGUGGGAGAAAUAUUCAUAAAGUUUGGAAGCCAGUUGAACAUAUACACCAAUUUCUUCAACAAUUACCCUGUUAUUCUGAAAACUAUGGAGAAGUGCAGAGAAAUGAUACCAGCACUCCGAGCUUUCCUGAAGAAGCAUGAUAAGACCAUUGUUACAAAGAUGCUGAGCCUUCCAGAGCUGCUUUUGCACCCAUCCCGAAGGUCUGAAGAAUAUACUCUUCUCUACGCUCUGAGGCUUCACACUUCUGCAGAACAUGUUGACCACGGGACGACCACUGCAAUUGAAGUAAUCAAGAAAUACAAAGGUUACAUAGAUCAGUUUCCCUAAAAUCACUUUGUUUUCUGGAUGAAGCAGAACAUCAAUAUGAAAGAUCAGCUGUCAAACAUAGAGAGAAUCAUCUGUGGGUGCCUGACUCUAUCAGAAGUAAACAGAUAUCUGAUUAGGGUCCAAGAUGUAGCCCAACUUCACUGCUGUGAUGAGGAACUAAGUUUCUCUUUAAGGCUCUAUGAACAUACCUGUGAUCUCAGUCUUUUCCUCUUCAACGAUGCACUGCUUGUUUCUAGUGGGGGCACGUCUCAUACUCCGUUUGAAAGGACUUCAAAAUCAACCUACCAGUUCAUUGCAUCAGUGGCCCUUCACAGACUACUCAUAGAAGAUAUUCCAGAUUCCAAAUAUAUCAAGAAUGCAUUUAUUCUUCAAGGUCCAAAACAUGAAUGGAUUUGUGCUACAGAAGUUGAGGAUGAUAAAUUCCUGUGGUUGUCAGUACUCCAAAAUGCCAUCGAAAGUAGUAUGGAAAAGUGA